AUGAGCCAACAUAAAGAAAAAGCAUAUUUCAAGAACUACAAAGAUAAAAUUAAUUAUCAAGUAUCUCUUCAAUCAAUAUUCAUUGGAUUAAUCAAUAGAUAUGCUAAAAUUAUGCUCAAAAGAAGAACAGUUAAAGCAACAGUGACAAAACCAUUUCUUUGUAUUGAAUUUAUUGAGUUUGAAGAAACAGAUACAAUAUUAUUUUGGGAAUUCAUUGAAAAUAUGAUUAAAAGUAUGUAUAAUGAAGAUAGAAAGAAUAAUAUUAAAGAAACAACAGCAAGUGAAAGAUUAAAAAGAAAUAGAAUUAUUUAUUCAAUUCAUCUUUUAGAAGAUAUACUUGGAGAAUUAGGAUUUAGUUUUAAACAUCAAACAAUUAAAAGAAAAAAUGGACAAAUAGCACUUGAAUUUGUGGUAGGAAUAUUUUACGAUAAUUCUAUGAUUAUGAUGGAAGAAGGGAUUGUCAAAAAAGGAGGAGAAUUGAAUCAAUAUUUUAUGAAAUUGUUAAAAACAACACAAUUUGUUGUUAUUGCAAAAGACAAUACUGAUGUUCAAACAAUCAUAAAUACAUAA